UUUUGCCACAAUUUACUCUAUAUUUGGUGGUGCUCUGAUGUCUAUGCUGGAGAAGGGAGGAGAGGACAGACCGGCAGAGAGGACUAGUAAAGUUAGCAGAGUGCGUUCAACGCCUAUAUGAGCUGUUUUCAGAAAUGGAAAAAACUUUACACAAACUCGACUUCAUUUUAUGGAUUUACUGUCUAAUUCUGUUCCUAACAGAUGUAGGACUAGGCUCCAAUAUCUGUACUUCUCGAGGGGCCAGUACAUGUCGGCAGUGCCUGGCAGUGCAUCCUUCCUGUGCCUGGUGCUUUCAAGAGGAUUUUGGACAAGAUGUACCCGGCUCCUCACGAUGUGACCUAAAGAAGAACCUGAUAGAGGCAGGAUGCAGGAGAGGAGCUUUGGAGCAUCCCAUCAGCAAAAUGACUGUAAUAGAAGACAAACCUCUUAGUGACAAGGCCUCGGGAUCCACCACCGAUGUCACCCAGAUCCAACCUCAGAUGUUGCACAUCUCUCUGAGACCUGAUGAUUCUCAGGUUUUUACACUGAAAGUCCGGCAAGUGGAGGAUUACCCUGUGGACUUGUAUUAUCUGAUGGACCUGUCCUUCUCCAUGAAUGAUGACUUAUCUCAAUUACGAAGACUGGGGCGGGGCUUGGCUGAAGAAAUGAGCAAAACCACCAGUAAUCUGCGCAUGGGUUUUGGGGCUUUCGUGGAUAAACCAGUGUCCCCAUACAUGUUCAUCUCCCCUCCAGAGGCUGUGUUAAAUCCCUGCUACUCAAUCCCAUACAAAUGCCAGCCUCAGUUUGGCUACAGACAUGUUCUGUCUCUGACAGAAGAGGUAAACCGCUUUACAGAGGAGGUGAAGAAACAAAAGGUGUCUCGGAACAGGGAUGCCCCAGAGGGAGGCUUUGACGCCAUCAUACAGGCAGCUGUGUGCAAGGAUAAAAUUGGUUGGAGGCCAGGUGCAUCUCACUUGCUUGUUUUUACCACUGAUGCCAAGACACACGUGGCACUGGAUGGGCGCCUGGCGGGCAUUGUGCGACCCAAUGAUGGCCAAUGCUAUUUGGGCACAGACAACAUCUACAACAUGUCUACAACUUUGGACUACCCAUCCCUGGCAUUAAUCACAGAGAAAAUGUCAGAGAACAAUAUAAAUCUGAUAUUUGCUGUGACCAGCCAUGUGGAAUCACUCUAUAAGAACUACAGUGAGUUGAUCCCUGGUACUGCAGUGGGCAUUCUAUCUGAGGACUCACAUAAUGUGAUCCAGUUGAUCCAGGAUGCAUAUGCUAAACUGCGAUCUAAGGUUGAACUGGAGCUCUUGAAUGUCCCAGAAGAGCUCAGUCUGACCUUUAAUGCCACAUGUCUCAAUGAAGAGGUCAUCCCUGGGCUAAAAUCCUGCUCUGGACUCAAAAGAGGAGAUACAGUGUCGUUUAGUGUAGAGGCUCGUGCCAGGGGCUGCCCCAAGGAGAAACGCAAGACAUUUACCAUCAAACCGGUGGGCUUCAAGGACACCCUGCAGAUCAGAGUCAACUUCGAGUGCGAGUGUAAAUGCCAAGCCAAGGCUGAGACCGACAGUCCCGUUUGUCACCACGGCAAUGGCACCUACGAGUGCGGAAUCUGCCUGUGCAACCCAGGGCGACUGGGUCCCAGAUGUGAGUGUGAAGAAGGUGACUACAGCCCAACCAAGCAGGAUGCCUGCACCGGGCCAGAAAAAGUUAUAUGCAGCGGCCGGGGAGAUUGCGUGUGCGGGCAGUGUGUGUGCCACAAUAACGAUUUUGGCAAGGUGUGGGGAAAGAGGUGUGAGUGUGACGAUUUCAGCUGCCUGCGCUACAAAGGAGAGCUUUGCUCAGGUCAUGGCACAUGUUCCUGUGGGUUUUGCCAGUGUGAUCCAGACUGGAAGGGGGAGAACUGUAACUGUUCCACUCGCACAGACACCUGUAUGUCCAGCUUGGGACUGCUGUGCAGUGGCCGUGGCCAGUGUGUGUGUGGGAGCUGUGAGUGCACUCAGCCUGGGGCCUACGGCUCCACCUGCGACAAAUGCCCCACCUGUCCUGACGCCUGCACAAUAAAGAAGGAUUGUGUAGAGUGUAAACACUUUAAAAGGGGGAAACUCUUUGAUGAUGACACCUGCACUCGAAUCUGCAGAGAUGAAAUCAGACUGGUGGAUGAUCUGGUGUUCCAUGAUAAGAAUGCAGUGAAUUGCACCUAUAAGGAUGAGGAUGACUGUGUGCAGAGGUUUCAAUACUAUGAAGACAACAGUGGAAAAUCCAUCUUAUCUGUGGUUAAGGAGCCAGACUGCCCUAAAGGCCCUGAUAUCUUGGUGGUUCUCCUGUCAGUAGCUGGUGCCAUUUUAUUCUUGGGUCUGGCCGCCCUGCUUAUCUGGAAACUGCUUAUCACCAUCCAUGAUCGGCGUGAAUUUGCUAAGUUCGAGGAGGAGCGGGCACGUGCCAAGUGGGAAACGGGCCACAACCCCCUCUACAAAGGUGCUACCUCAACAUUUACCAACAUCACAUAUCGAGGCAAGGAGUGAUCACAGUGAGCGGAGGAAGAACUUAAUGGGUCCAACAGACAAUGUUAAUAUUUCCUUUCCAAAGUUCCACUUAAACGCAUUACAGCUUUUAAAAUACUCUCUAAACAUUUCGUAAUUGAGAAGCAAUAAGAAAGGGUUGUACAUUUUGUUGUUGUAAAUAUGUACAGUCAAAAAUGACUUAAGUGUUUCUGACUUCUCUGUGAAAAUCUUGCUGUUAUGUGUCACUGGAUGAAUGAUAAUCUCUACAUUUGCUUGUAACUAGACUAUAUUUGUCAGUACAGUGCCUUGAGAGAUAAUUGCUCACUGCUGCAGUACAUGCCAAGCCAUUUCCUAACUCUUCCCACUUUGUUAAUAUAUCUGUGGAGUGUCAGAUAUACAGUUGUGCUCAAAAGUUUGCCUACCCUUGGAGAAUUGGUAAUAUAUGUACCAUUUUUAAAGAAAACAUGAGUGAGCAGGCAAAAAACAUUUCUUUUAUUUCUUAUGGGAUUCAUAUUCAACUGUAGGUUAUAACAGAAUGGCACAAUCAUAAAACAAAACAUAGCAACAAAGAAAAGAAUGAAAUGACCCCUGUUCAAAAGUCUUCAUACCCUUAGUUCUUAAUACUGUGUAUUGCCCCCUUUAGCAUCAAUGACAGCAGUCUUUUGUAAUAGUUGUCUAUGAAGCCCCAAAUUCUUGCAGGUGGUAUAGCUGCCCAUUCGUCUUGGCAAAAUGCCUGCAGGUCAUGCAAAGUCUUUGGUCGUCUUGCAUGAACUGCACGUUUGAGAUCUCCCCAGAGUGGCUCGAUGAUAUUAAGGUCAGGAGCCUAUGAUGGCCACUCCAGAACCUUCAACUUUUUCUGCUGUAACCACUGGAGGGUCAACUUGGCCUUGUGCUUAGGGUCAUUGUCAUGCUGGAAAGUACAAGAGCGUGCCAUGCACAGCUUUUGUGCAGAAGAAUUGUCUUCCAGUAUUUUCUGAUAACAUGCUGCAUUCAUCUUGCCAUACAUUUUCACAAGAUUCCCCGUGCCUUUAGAGCUCACACCCCCCCAAAACAUCAGUGAGCCACCACCAUGCUUCACUGUGGGGAUGGUAUUCUUUUCACUAUAGGCCUUGUUGACCCCUCUCCAAACAUAGCGCUUAUGGUUGUGACCAUAAAGGUCUAUUUUGGUCUCGUCACUCCAAAUUACAGUGUGCCAGAAGCUGUGAGGCGUGUCAAGGUGUUGUCGGGCAUAUUGUAACUGGGCUUUUUUGUGGCAUUGGUGCAGUAAAGGCUUCUUUCUGGCAACUCGACCAUGCAGCUCAUUUUUGUUCAAGUAUCAUUGUAUUGUGCUCCUUGAAACAAGCACACCGUCUUUUUCCAGAGCAGCCUGUAUCUCUCCUGAGGUUUCCUGUGGGUUUUUCUUUGUAUCCUGAACAAUUCUUCUGGCAGUUGUGGCUGAAAUCUUUCUUGGUCUACCUGACCUUGGCUUGGUAUCAAGGGAUCCCUGAAUUUUCCACUUCUUAGUACGUGAUUGAACAGUACUGACUGGCAUUUUCAAGGCUUUGGAUAUUGUUUUAUAUCCUUUUCCAUCUUUAUAAAGUUCCAUUACCUUGUUACGCAGGUCUUUUGACAGUUCUUUUCUGCUCCCCAUGGCUCAGUAUCUAGCCUGCUCAGUGCAUCCACGUGAGAGCUAACAAACUCAUUGACUAUUUAUACACAGACACUAAUUGCAAUUUAAAAAGCCACAGGUGUGGGAAAUUAACCUUUAAUUGCCAUUUAAACCUGUAUGUGUCACCUUGUGUGUCUGUAACAAGGCCAAACAUUCAAGGGUAUGUAAACUUUUGAUCAGGGCCAUUUGGGUGAUUUCUGUUAUCGUUAUGAUUUAAAAAGGAGCCAAACAACUAUGUGAUAAUAAAUGGCUUCAUAUGAUCACUGUCCUUAAAUAAAAGGCACGAUCAGUCAUAUUUUCAAAAUCAAUGCCAAAAUUCCACAAUUUCUGCCAGGGUAUGCAAACUUUUGAGCACAACUGUAAAUGAUAAAAGCCUGAGUAAUCUUUCCAACUACUGAUGGCCUGUGGUAACACUGAAUCCCUCAUCACGACUAUGACAUGUUCUUAUUAUAAGAUGUUCUCUUAUUAUAUUAAUAUAAUGAAACUACAAUAUCCUAGAGGUAGCUUUAUCACACUGGCUUUAAAUGCAGAAUUUAGUAGUGUAUGUUUAUUGGUUCUGAUAUCUAAGAUUCAAGGCAGAAUUCUUUCAUAAAAAUUUCAUAUUUGUAAAACGCACACCAAAAAUAGACAAAAGCAGUUUUAUUAAAAUAAAAGAAUGGCCUUAUGACUUACAGUACUGUGUGUAAAAGUUUUAGGCAGUUAUGAAAAAUGCUGUAAAGUGAGGAUGUUUUCAAAAAUAAUCCCAUGCAGUAAACAUAAAGCAAAAAAAAAAAAAAAUUCAUAUUUGGUGUGACCACCCUAUGCCUUUUAAACAGCACCAACUCUCCUAGGUACACUUGCGCACCGUUUUUCAAGGUUGUUCCAAGCAUCUUGGAGUACUUGCCACAGUUCUAUGUAUUUAGGCUGUCUCAAUUGCUUCUGUCGCUUCAUGUAAUCCCAGACUGACUCCAUGAUUUUGAGAUCUGGGCCAUAACAUCUGUUUCAGGACUCCUUGUUCUACAUCUAAUAUAUUCUGUUUGCAAAAGGAAUAUUUGGAAAUCUAAAACACUAAUGCAGAAGAUAAAAAAUGUCUUAAGACAGAUGUUUUUGGAAACAUGUAAUGUGCCUAAGAAUUUUGAACAGUACUGUACAAGUAAACCAACAGUUCAGUUUAACUGCAAGAAAGUUGUGCCCCUGUAAGAAACAGUGCCCCCUUUUGGGCUUUAAAUGGAUUUUAUCUUUUUGCACCGUCAAACCAUAAGUACGUUAAUAACAAUUAGUUUGACAGAAAUUACAGAACACAUGUUUGUCAAAUGAAUUCCUCAGAAAGAAAUGUUUUUAUGAAAUUUGUUGUGAUAUACUUAAGUGUAAUACAAUUCUUUAACAUAUGCCUAUCUAUAACGAGGCCAUGUACAGCCUUAUACCCCUCAAACUCUGGUACAUUCUUGGGCUUCCGCCUUUAAUUAGUACACACUUAAAUUUAAAAGCUCACUAUUCACACAUACUGUGGACGAAUGGCAAAACAUUAGUCUCAUUUUUCAGAAAAAAACCCAAAUUAAAAAAAUAUUCUCCAAUUAUUCAUAAAUAAUAUUGUAUGUGUUUAUAAUCUUAUGAUAAACAAGGUUUAAUAAUAAUAAAAAAAUGUUUUCUGUUA